AGUUACUACAAAGCUCCCAAACGCUGAUGCCCCUCAGCACAUUGACUGUGGUUGGUGCUGAUGCUGCUCCAUCAGGAUGAGCAGCUGGAGGUGUCCUCUCUGUCAGCCUCAGCACCAGAGCCGGACCGUGUUCAGUCCAGCAUCAGCAGCUGCAGUGUGCGCACAGCUCCGUGUCUUAUUCCUGCUGCUGCAGCUCCACGUUAGAGGCUACAACAACUCCAACCAAGGGAAAAAAAGAGAGCAAACCUCCCUCAGAAACCCCCGCAUGUGGUUUCCUCCAGCUCUCAGCACCGCAAUGAAGGAAUUAAGACAUGUCUCACAGAAAUGAGGACUUUCCCCCGCAUCGACUGAGCAUCUGAGGACAGCGGACCUGUCGAUUCUCACCUGCAGCAUCUUCAUCUGUUUUUUUUUUUAAUUUUAGAAGAAAAAAAAUCACCUUUACUUAUUUUUUUUUGACUGGACACCGCAUUCUGAAUAAAUGGAUAAUAACGCUGCAAAUUCGGAGAAAUCUCACCUGAUAGACGAGAAGAAUGCAAAGAUGUAUUCCUUAAAACUGCAAAGCUCCUUUCCAGACUCCAAAGAGCAGUACCCAGACUUCCCUUUUAAGAAUGGAGGCAUGUCCGGAGCCAUUGAGCUGAAACGACCUGUCGGCAGCCACUGUCAUGGUCCCAAAGCUUCGACGUGUGAGGACAGCGUCGACAAGGCAUUGGCCAAGAAGAAACUCUACAUCGCUUCAGCAGUCUGCCUCGUCUUCAUGAUUGGCGAGGUGAUAGGAGGCUACCUGGCCCACAGCCUGGCCAUCAUGACGGACGCAGCCCACCUCCUGACAGACUUUGGCAGUAUGAUGGUGAGCCUGUUCUCGCUGUGGAUCUCCUCCAGACCACCCACCAAAACCAUGAACUUUGGUUGGCACAGAUCAGAGAUCCUCGGGGCCUUCAUCUCAGUCAUGUCCAUCUGGAUCGUCACAGGAGUUCUGGUCUAUUUAGCCAUCGAGAGGAUUGUGCGCAACGACUAUGAGAUAGACGGCCACGUAAUGUUGGUCACUUCUGGGUGUGCAGUCAUCGUCAAUAUUAUCAUGGCCUACAUCCUCCAUCAUUCAACCACCUUCCACGCUCAUGGCAGCGGAUACCACCAGAUCGAUGAGGACGGUCAGAGCCCCGUCUCUUACGGCCACAGCCACACUCUCCUCAGCGGCCACGGCAACACCAGCGUCCGCGCCGCCUUCAUCCACGUGGUCGGAGACCUGCUCCAGAGUGUCGGCGUCAUGGUGGCAGCAAUCAUCAUCUACUUUCGGCCAGAGUACAAGGUUGCAGAUCCCAUCUGUACCUUCCUGUUUUCUGUCUUCGUCCUCUGCACCACCAUCACCAUCCUCAGAGAUGUCUUCAGGAUACUCAUGGAAGGGUCUCCUAAAGGAAUCGAGUUUAACUCAGUGAAGGAGGUGCUGAUGACUGUGAAAGCUGUGAAAUCCAUGCACUCUCUGCACCUGUGGGCUCUGACUCUGGGUCAGUCCCUGGUUUCUGUCCACCUAGCCGUAGAGGAGGGUGCUGACCCUCAGUCGGUGCUUCAGGAGGCCACCGACCUGCUCCACACCAAGUUCGGUUUCUACAGCAUCACCAUCCAAGUGGAGCUCUAUUCUGAAGACAUGAGUCACUGCUCUAACUGCCAGGACCCCAGUGACUGAUACCACACUGGACUGGACAGGACUGGACCCAACAGGACAUGUAACGGCUCAGACACAUUGUCAUUCUCUCUAGGUGGGCUGGACCACAGUUCACAGUUCCUGUUGAAGGAGUAGGAGGAGUUUUAGUAGAUAGUUGUGUUCACUUUUAACUCAUAUGAAAGUAGACAGUCAGAUCAUCCAUGUGCUGUGUACGCCAAUGCUGGAGCUCCAUGCUAUCAUGCUGUCCUUCUCAAAGUCCCAUUUCAUAUGAAUUUUUGUCAAACACUGGAACGGUGUUUCAAGGAGAAUUGGGGUGAAAGUCUUUGCUGGUUUGAUUCAGUGCUGGAAAUCUACCAAGACUUAAAAAAUGGGUCCCUAACUGAUAGGUUUGCCAGAAUGUUGACUUCUUGAUUAUUGAUCAGAUUUGCCAGCUAGCAGUUAUUUGACUAUAAGCACAAACUGUUCUAUUACUGCAGGAAAAUAACAAACUAGCAACAUGUUUUUUCUCUUUGUGCUUAAAUGAGUUCUCCAUGCAAGACGUUCCGGGCUAUAAAGCCUGCAUUACCAUUUCCAUGAUUGAUAUUAAUAGCAGUGGUCCACUGUGAGCACCAUCUGAAGCACAAAAGAAGAAAUCUGACCAGGUGAUGCAGCAAUGAGGGUGAUUAAAACACCAUUAAACCAUUAAAACAAGAGGAAAAUUUUAUUUAUGGAAGACUGAUAAUGGUUUUUAUUUUCUCUGACCUCUAGAUAAUCUAUAUUAUGAGCAGUCACUUUAAGCCGUGCACAAAGGCUUCUAAUUAUGCAACUAUUUCAGUGCAGAAUACAUUUUAGUUAUAGUCUGUACAAAAACCAAAACACUGCCAGAUACUGCCAGAUAUAUACUACGGUACUUAUUUCCAAACAGCCCUACUUAUUACACAGUAGUACUGCAAAUCCUAAUAUAUUAGCAUGGAGCACAAACCCUCAUUCGUGUCUCUCAUCUAGCACCUUACAUUGGAGUCACAGAGCUACACAUCCAAAGUUGUGAAAUUACCUUCUAUCAGGCCCACUGUGGGAUGGGGAAUAUGCAUGAAUUUGUCCCAGUGAAUUGCGGUGACCCAAGCCAUGAUUAACGGUUGACCGUAAAAUAGAAACAAGUCCAACAAGUGGAUGAGAGGCCCAAUUAGGAAAAAGAUGUCUCCUUUAUUAGUCCUAGGCAACCAUUCAAAAGUUUGGGGUUACUUAGAAAUAUCCUUUUUUUUCAAUGAAGAUCACAUUAAAUGAAUCAGAAAUACAGUCUAGACAUUGUUAAUGUGGUAAAUGACUAUUCUAGCUGGAAACAGGUGAUUUUUAAUGGAAUAUCUCCAUAGGGGUACAGAGGAACAUUUCCAGCAACCAUCACUCCUGUGUUCUAAUGCUACAAUGCGUUAGCUAAUGGUGUUGAAAAGCUAACUGAUGAUUAGAAAACUCUUGUGCAAUUAUGCUAGCACAUGAAUAAAAGUGUGGGUUUUCAUGAAAACAUGAAAUUGUUUGGAUGAGCCCAAACUUUUGAAUGGUAGUAUACAUCCUAAUGGCUAAGUUGCCUCCUAGUUUGUGAAAGGUCAUAAAGUAUUUGUUCUCUUGAUAAUAGGUGUUUAACUCCAGCAUAACAUAUAUAAACUGGAGUUGGUUCCAUACAGUCAGUAAAUAGAGACACCACUACAACUGUUAGUAUGGAGCACUUGAUCGGCUCUUCCAGAGACACAUGGAGGACUUUGAUGUCUGAUGUUUCAGCGCUAACUUUAAUCACAUGGCCAUCUGCCAGACUCUCACUCUACAAUCUGUGGUCAUCACUCCAUUUCCAUUACAAAGCCAGCAUGAGACAGUUUAAAAAGUUAAAGCAGCAGUAGGCAGAGAUGCUGCUAUUUAUAGCAUCUCACCUGCUCUGGAUGAAAGCCCCAGGGUUGGCUAAAAGCUGCUAUCACUGUCUAAAGCUUGGAAACAGGAGAUCAAAGGCUAGUAUAUAAUUUUAGUCCAGUGAUGCCAAAAGCUACUGCUGACCCCAGCUUUAAUUUGCUGAAAAUUUCACUGACUGUUAUUUCAUGACACAAAUUUGGUGCGCAAAUCACAGCAACCUGCAACCCACUGACAAGCAGUUGCCUUACAUGGAAGUAAAUUACAAUACAACUUUUCAAAAACAUCCAUUUUUUCUUCAUGGUUUGUUGUAGCCUUACAAAGAUCACACUGUUGCGAGGGAUAAACAUACAGCAAAGAAUAGGAUCAUUAACUCUUUAGAGAAUCUUGUUAAUCCAUAAAAACUUCACUUCUUGUCUCCACAUUGAACAAAAAACAAAAAAAACCCCACAACCGUUAUCAAUAUUGAUUGAUGAGUGACAAAUACAACAACUCUUUUUCAUUAUGUUGGUACAGCUAUUGAUGCAUUAAUUAUAUAAGGGGGAAAAGUACAACAGAAUCUGGAUCUAUCAGGCUGGUCUUUAAACCUACAGUAUCCAGACUUAUCCUGAAUUCCAUUUGUAUGCAUUGUGUACUACAACUGGCUUCACUAAGUAUGUACUGUUACAUGUAGGAUGCAUACAACUGAGACAACCUGCCUAAGCUUAUUACCCAAGUGAAAUACCAUGAGGUAUCUUCUGCUGCACAGACAGUUGUGUGCCAGAAAUGCAUGUUAGUUUGCAUAAUGCAAAAUGCAAUCAUGCAGAUCCUGGUACUUUUUGCAUACUACAUUGGACACGUUAUGUACUAGGACAUACUAAAUCCUUUUCUGGAACACUACACUGUGUGGAUGUAUGGGCAUUAGAGUGCACUCCACUUAAAAUGCCUUAGUCCCAAGCAGCACUUCCAGGGCUGAAAAAUUAACCUGACAUUAGAGUGCAGUUCCUCAAAUGUCCACUUGAGACUGGCUUCAAGAGAAAGUCAAUCCCCUUAGACCCUCAUGUUAAAAUGUCUACAUUUACCGCAAAAAUAAACAUGCUUACAGGAAACUAUUUUGAUUUCUAUCGCUAAUUCCCCAUUUGUGGAUACUGUAUCACCCAUUUGAAUGCAUUAAAGCUUAAAGUUAUGUAUUAUUAGGGUGUGGCUGCUUUGAGAGGCAGGGGGGUGCUGCACUAGGAAAGUCUAUGGUCCAAACAUUUGCAUGGCCUUCAUCAGCUCCAACUAGAAGUUAGGAAGUGUCCAGCACUGCCAACACGGUGACAGCCAGAUCCACCCCACUGAGCUUUACAACUGCACCGAAUGUUCAUCUAUUUUCACAGACAGUCUAUGCUUGAACCUCACAGCAAGAUGCUGGUAAAAGUGUCUAUGUUUUGUCCAGUAUUGCAGUGAACUCUGUGCUUCAACAAUCUCUCAACUGUACUGUACUUAGUGUCAAUAUAUCACAUCACACCAAAGAUCUGGAGUCACCUCUGUUUCUGUUCCAGAGAGGUUUGGAUGGACUGGAAAAAAGAUUUGAGUGAAAUUCGAAAGAAAUAUGGUGGCUGAUUAAGUUCUAUUCCACUGCCUCAAAACUGAACUCAUCAAUGGACUAUUUUUGGUGGUAGUUUGUAGGUUGUUUGUUGUGUUACCAGCAUUCUUGGUUUUAGUUCCAAAGCUGCUACAACUCAUCAAAGUCAAACCUGUCUUACACGAGUAUCUCGGAGAGGUGUUUACUUUAUGGUGGGCGGUGUACUAACAUGGACUGAACAGAGGGAAAAUGAAUGGAGAGUGUCAGAUGGAAAAAGCAUUGAGCUACUUCCACUGUCAGGUCUGAGUGGACAUUCAGGUCUGAGGGCAGAAAUGAUUCAGUUCUGCAGUCGGACGAUUAGUUUCAGCUUCAUGCUGUCAUCCAUCUCAUCUAUCUCUCAUUUCUUCUGCACACAUCCAUCUACUAUAUGACUCUGCCUUCCCUGAGCUUCCAUCUGUCUGUGACCUGUCCAUCCAUCCAUGUUCUGCAAGUCACGCAGCAGCAAUUUUCAGUUACUUUAUAGGUAGUACUGGAGUAACUAUGACUUUAUAUCUGAAACAUGAUCUUACAUAAGGCUACUUUUGUGAAAUUAUUUUUUCCAACAAAAAUAAAUUGGCUGUAACUUGUUCACAGAGGAAACCAGAUACAAACACAUGCCAUAUUCUGUCGCUCCGUUCUGAAUAGCUGAGCUAAAGCAGACUGAAAUUCGAGAGACUUCGCAACCAUUUCGACACAUUUGCUGACAUUUCUGUAAUUCCUACCAAGUGGGAGAUAUUGUCAGAGAAAUAUUUUUCCCCUACUCACUUCACUGGCACUUACAAGUCCCGGAGUCAGAGGACACAAUGUAUACUAAGCAAAAAAAUCUAAAGCAUUAAGCCUCUAGGGAGCAGGAAUGUGUUCACUAAACUCAGCAGUAAAUUGUCAUUUCGAAUCUGCAUGUAAGCAGGAAUCCGUCAAUCCAGCCAGACAAUCUAGUUAUUAGUUAUGCUGACACAAAAUCUAUAUUUGGACACAAGGGAAGCACAAAAGACAAACUGCACAAAACCAAUUAAAAGCCAAAAUAUUCUUUGUUGUUCUUUUUAUAUCUACAUGUAGAACAACAAGGAAUAAUCAACAAAUCUGCAACAAUUAAAAACAAUCUUUCAUGAUCAGAAUUCAUCCUCUGGUGACAAUGAAUAUCUAUGACAAGUUUUACAGCAAUCGGGCAGUAAAACUUUCCUCUGGCGCUAGAUGAAUGAGCUUGAAAAGAGUCAGUCCUGUGAAGGGAUUUCUGAGAUCAUAUGAGGUGAUUGUGUGUUGUCUCUGCUACAGCAGAUAGCGGUCGGCAGACUCCUAGAUUCAAGAGGCGGAUGGGAAGACGAGCAUGGAGGCUAAGCACUGAACUGCUAUGGAUGGGGUCUGCAGCUACAAGUAUUCUAGGACAGCCUUUUUGAUGAGGUGCUGAAGCCAUUAUACACCGAUCAGCCUCAACAUCAUGACCACUGACAGGUGAAGUGAAUAACGUUGAUCAUAUUGGUACUAUGUGGUGGUCUGUUGGAGACCUUAGAUUUUGGAAUCCAUGUUGAUGAGACUUAGACACCCAAAUCAACAUUGUUCCAGAUCAAACACAGUCCCUCAAGCAAAUGACAAUCCUAAAUCUCACUGGCCUACCAGUCCACCACAUCGUAAAAACAUCAAACAAUCAGGAACAUCUUGGGAACAUGACAAUCACCCAAGAUGUCGAUUUGACCUCCAAACUUUCUAGGCCUCAUUCUGAUGAAGCAUCAACAAGAUGCAAUGGAACAAGUUUGAUUCCCAGAUGCCCCACUGCACAAUCCAGAGUACCCAAAGGAUCCUCUGCCAACGCCCUAGUGCCAGACCCUAAGGGAUGCCCUGAGAGGUCCCCUUGUCUAGGCCCAAUGGUUCAGAGUACCUAAGGAGAACUAACACAAUAUUAGGCAGGUGGUCAUGAUGUUAUGCCUGGUUGGUGCAUUUGUCACUCUAAAGCCACUAAGAGUCCACUGACAAGAACAGUAAUUUCACCUGUCAUACAACAGAAGGUUUUGGUCCACUACCUCCCCAAUUGGUGACUUUGUGUUAUUGUGCCACGCAGCAGUAGACCGACAAUUAAUGUACUCUGUAAGAUAAAAUUACUGUUUUUGUCAAUGGAGUCUGGUGGCAGAAAGUAAUAUAACAGCAUCCCUGUUGGAAAGGUGCGUUCUGAUGGAAAAGCAAAGCAGUGAAAAUAUUCUAAAUACAGCUCAAUUAAAGUUGUAUUUCUUUUUAGCUUCGUUUUAGGCACCUGAUCCACAGCAGUUCAUUGCUUCACUUCUGUGCAGGUCCUCCUCUUUACUUGUAAUAUUUCGACUGUCAUCUCGUGUAGGUAACAUGCUGACUCAUGCAAUCCUGCUUUGAAGAAACCAAACUGUCCCUCUGAAGCAAAGAGUAAAUCCUAAAGAACUGCACAAUGGUUUUGAUACUAAUGCCAUUUUGGUUGGAAAGUGACGCUUGGGGUGGUGAUCAAGGUGUCACUGUUUGGGUUAAUCCUCUGGGGACCACAAACACCAACAGCAUGUUUCAUAUAAGGUAUAGCUCCACAGUCACAUCUGGGUAACAGGAAUAUAUUUUUUCAAUUAGUACACAAGAACAGCCAGCGAGCCGUCAACAUGCCUGUAAUGUUUCCCAGCUGCUAUGAAGUGUCGAUGUAUUUGCUUUCAAAGAAAGGACAACUGUACAUUGUGAACGCCUCUGAUCCACCAACUUGCAUGGUUGUUAGCUGUUAUUCAAUAUCAUGUAUUGUAAGAAGUUUCUUGUUCAACUGCCAAUCAGAAAAUAAAGACACAACAUACGGAGGAUUAAUCAAAGAAUAAAAUCUUUAAAAUUCUAUAUUUUCACCAAUUUUUAAGGAGAUCCUGUAUAUUUACAUACAAUUUUCCUGGUGAAAUAAUGCUAAAUAAGAUAAGAACAUAUGGAUCCGACAAACUAAAAAUAAAAGUGAACGUAAUGAUGACCAAUGCAUUUUACUGUACUAGUUUUGAUAUACUGAAGUUCUCCUGUACUGGCUCCAGUGUUUAACUGGAACUUUAUAGCGUCAAACAAAAGUUCAUUUCAUUCCAGAAAAACACUGUUCCUGUUUGUUCACUAUGAAAGUCUAAUGUUCGAGAAUGCUCUGUAAUUGUGCUGUUGCUGUUCGUGACAAUUAUACUUAGUGUGACUGUUGUAAAUAUGUCAAAUAUUGUGUAUUUUCUGUGUAUGAUUUUGUGUGUACAUGUGUAAAUACAUUUAUCCUCCUUGUACAAUCUGUCCUAUUUGUCUAAGCGUUCUGGUGAUAUUGCAUAAAUCCACUUGUCACAUCUGUAAUGUUUGAUAUUUCAUUUUUAUGUGUGGCAAGAGUUUUUGUAAAGUGAAAUAAACGACUGCAGACAACA